AUGGCAGACACUCCAAUGAACCUAUCACCUGACAACAGCAGCCUCAUAGCCCAUACUGAGGAUAUGCUGUCCGCACUGCUGAAGGUCGAGCAAGCAAUCGAUGAAGCUGGCGCAGGUAAAAAUAAACAACAAGAUUUCACGAAAUAUGUAUUGGGUGCGACCUCAAAGCUGGGAUUCAUUAUCAUGGCCGGCAAGGUCGUCAGCGUCAACGGUCACCGGCUGGAUAUGGCCGAAGUGGUGGCUGUUGCCAAACAUGGGGUGACGCCUGUCGUUUGCGAUAAUGGCACCGUUCGCCCCAAGAUGCAGUCCAGUGUGGAAUUCCUCCAGAAGCACCUCAAGGAGGGUAAUACCGUCUAUGGCGUGAACACUGGCUUCGGAGGAAGUGCUGGCACGCGUUCCGACAACUAUCGUGCUCUGCAAAAGGCACUAGUUCAGCACCACAAUGCCGAUCGCAUGAAGAAACACUCGAUGCCCGCUUCAUAUGUCAAGGCAGCCAUGCUGGUCCGAUGCAACAGUCUAAUCAAUGGGCAUUCGGCAGUGCGACCAGUGGCCAUUCGUCACAUUCUCAAGUUGGCCGCUGCUGACUUCACACCUGUUGUUCCGUUGCGCGGCUCCAUUUCAGCUUCCGGUGACCUAACCCCUCUCGCGUACAUCGCUGGGGCAAUUGAAGGGAAUCCCGACAUCUUUGUGGACCUUGGACCGAAGCACAGCAAUGUGAUCCUCCCUUCAGACGAAGCCCUCGCAAAGCUAAGCCUGAAGCCUAUUUCGUUCUUUCCAAAAGAAGGUCUCGGACUACUCAAUGGAACUGCUUUCAGCGCGGGAGCCGCUAGUCUUGUGCUCUUCGAAGCCAACCAACUGGCCUUAUUCGCUCAAGUCGCAACCGCCAUGUGCACGGAGGCGUUGAUCGGGAGCCGUCGUAACUUCCAUCCAUUCAUCAGCAACAGUCGUCCACACCCUGGACAGAAGGAAGUAGCACGCAAUCUGUACGGCCUCCUCAAGGACUCCAAACUAGCCACUGAUUCAAAACCCGAAGAGGUUGGUCUCGCUCAAGAUCGCUACGCAAUCCGCACCACUCCGCAGUGGAUAGGUCCACAGGUCGAAUCCUUAAUUCUCGCAACACGCCAAGUGGAAUGCGAAUUGAACUCGACCACCGACAAUCCUUUGAUAGAUACUGCUAAUGGCGAGGUGCAUCACGGAGGCAACUAUCAGGCAGUUUCAAUCACGUCUGCAAUGGAGAAAGUCAUGACAUGUAUGCAAAUGCUCGGGAAGAUGAUCUUCGCUCAAUGCUCCGAACUGCUUAACCCAAUGUUCAGCAAGGGUCUGCCUCCCAACCUCUGUUCCGACGAUCCCAACUUGUCUUUUGCGUUCAAGGGUAUCGAUAUCAACAUGGCAUCGUACAUGAGCGAACUGGGAUACCUGGCUCACCCCGUCAGCAAUUUCGUCCAAUCCGCAGAAAUGCAUAACCAAUCUCUCAACUCACUGGCUCUCCUCACGGCCCGCUACGCAGGUGACACCGUCGAGAUUCUCUCGCUAAUGAUGGCAACACACAUCUAUGUGCUGUGCCAGGCUCUCGACCUACGCACACUCCAGCUCGAGUUCGAGAAAUCCGCAAAUCCUUCCGUGGACGAAACAACAACAGCCAUGUGCAAAGACGUGGUUCCCGAAGAGCGCAUCCCCCACAUCAAAGACGAGAUCUGGAAAGUCCUAAUGCAACACUGGGGAAAGAACUCCAACCUCGGCCUCGCCAGUCGCGCAGCAACCUCGACAACCCUGGCACUCGGCACCGUCCUGGAUCUGAUCACGGUUGAGUGUGACGAAAGCAAGGCUGCGGAGAUUCCUGGCAAGAUGCUGCUUUGGCAGGAAGACGUCAAGUCUAGGUUGUGCGACGAGUAUGAGAUGACGCGUGAGAAAUAUUUCCUCGACCCAUCGACGCCCGACUAUCUCUGCACCUCCUCCAUCAAACUGUACAAUUAUGUACGCAAGACUCUCGAGGUCCCAAUGCACAAGGGAGUCGUCGAUCAUCCAACUUUCUCACCUCCUCAUGCGAUUCCUAGCGAGAAACAGACGAUUGGUACGCUCAUCAGCACGAUCUAUGUUGAUCUUCGCGAAGGGGACCUCAUGCACACCCUAAAGGGCUGCUUUGAGGUCCCCGGGAAUGACUUUCUGGGAAAGAACGAUGAAGAGUGA